AUACCCUAAGAAUUGACAGUAAGAAGUCAUUUCUUUCCACAGUACCAAUAACCUAGUUAGCUGAAAAGUAAGCUUAUCUGCACUCAAUUAGCUGGGGAAUGUUGACGUUCUGUCUGUAACUAUAAAAGAGACCACAAUUCUCGGCGCCCUUCUGUCAAAAAUGUGGUUAAAACUCUUACAGUGGCUGGCACUGUUACAGGUGUCUCAGGUCAUCGCCGUGCCCAGCGAAUUUUUGGGCAAAAUCUUUGGUGGCAAAACGUCACCAGUUGCUGAUUAUGGAUUCGUGGUGAAUCUGCGUCGUCACGGGACGUUCCGUUGCGGCGGCACACUCAUUUCGCCCAGUUGUGUGCUAACGGCGGCCCACUGCCUGCAGAACCGAAACGUCGACGAUCUCUUUGUGCAUGCCCAGCAACAGUGUCUGGGCGAUUCCAUUUCGGGGGCGCAAGUACGCCAAGCCUGGUAUGCCUGGGUAUCUCCCCAAUACUGUCCGCAAUGCAAUCUGGACUCGGAUAUUGCGGUGAUUAAGUUGCGACAACCCUUCGAUGUAACCAGCAAUGCAACUAUCCUGCCCAUUGACUACAACGAGCUGCCCGACUCGGCCAAUCUAACGGUAAUGGGCUGGGGCAAUACAAGAACAGAUAAUGAACCAAACUGGAAUCAAUGCCUGAAGACAGCAAAUGUCAGUCUGGUGCCGCAAUGGAAAUGUGCCCAAGUGAUGAGAUUAUCGGGUUACAACAUCACACCGAACAUGUUUUGCGCCUCGGGUCCAAAUGCCACCGAUGCGUGUCAGGGAGACUCGGGUGGUCCCAUUGUCUAUAACGGACGCACAGUUGGCAUCGUCUCCUGGGGUUAUAGUUGUGGCAGAGGCUACCCGGGCGUCUACACACGUCUCAGCAGCACUUCGAUAACAUGGUUCUUGAAGAACGUCGUCGGGCUGUAUUGCUAAUGCAUGUGGAUUAAUCCUUAAGCUUCCAACUUGUUGUUGAGUGAGUUUAGUGGUCCACUUCAGAGUUGCAUCAAUAAAUAUUGUUUUCAAUGCUUCAA